AUGGCUACGUGCACCCCAGCUGACUUUCCUCCAUGCGUCUCUCCCCCCUCGACACUCCUCUGUAGUCACAGCCGCGCUGAAUCCACACGGAGGGAGUGUGGAUUCCCCCUAACGGGGCCAGCACUGAUGCCAUUGUUUUCAAUCACCAAAGAGUUCAUACUGAAAUUCAACAACCCGAAGAAUCCAGCAGAGAAGGAAGUGUUGUUGGAACAGGCUAGGAGACUCCUUCUCAUUUGUAAGAGGAGGCUGGGGCUGAAGGCGCUGGGCUUGGGGAAGCACGUGCACCUGCCGACGGCCUGGACCGAGGUCAUCUACCUGGCGCAGUGCAAAGGGGAGAUCCAAGAUGAGGCUUUAAAUAUGCUCCAAGCUUCCCUGGACCACGCUCCCUUUGACUUCGAUCAGCUUCCUGCCCUGUUUUUUCUUGCCGAGUCAGUUUUAUAUCGACUGUGCUGUGACGCGUUCAUGAAGAAUUUUUUAUAUUCAGUUGAGAUAAGGCUGGUAAAGAUUGGCUAUUUGAUCUUCUUACGACUUUUUGUAUUUUUCCUGCAUGGUCACUUAGAAAGUUUUAGACAACAGUUAAUUAGGCUGCAACCAUAUUUAUACGCGCUUUAUUUCUCGGAUGCGUCCUACAGCAAGUAUCCAAACAUCUUCUCAGAUGUGCAGUUCAUCCUGAAAACGUCGGAGAUUAUGUGUAAAAGAGAACUCCAUUCUGAAAAAGAUGUGGGAAGUGAAAAUGGAGGGGAGGACGCGUACUCCGAUUUGAAGCACUUGGAGCUGAAUGAGCCGGGCUAUGAGGUCAACCACCUGCUGUGGCACUCUGUGGCUGCCUGGUCCUGCCUUCAGAACAGUCCUUCUCAGCUCAAUAAAGUGCUGGAACAUCUCCUCUUCCACAAAACACAGCUUCAGACAAAAUGCUGGUUGGAUUCAGCGCUGGCUUUGUUGGUCCUGGGGGAAGCUGCUAAACUGAACAUGGCCUGCUUGAAAACACUGAUGGACCUAAUGAAAGAUUUCCUUUUGAGCAUCUUGACUGCUCCAAACCAGGUCGAGAACUCGGAGGCACAUGACCUUUCCUGGGCCUCACAUGUUAUCUUCAUAUACACAACAAUUAUUGCGGAAGUCUGUUUAUACGCGGCAACUUCUUACCUGAGGAAAACGGCUCUGACUGGGUUCUGCUACUGCAAAAGUCCACAGCAGGAUGAUUUACUCAUGGGCAAGUUGGAAGAACAGCCAGAAUUAGAGGGAGCAAGCAUUUUAAGUCUUUUGAAAUACUUCUCUUCCGAAAUCUCUGUUAAUUGUGCGGAGGCGGUCUGGACUGGAUACUACGGCUUAGUGUAUAACAUGGUAAAGAUGCUGUGGGAACUCCAGGAUGACGGGGAGCAGGAUGGACUUAGAACCAUGCUAUGGCAAACACUGCAAAAGAUAAAGGAUUCAGAGCAAGAUCCGCGAAUCCAAAGUGCGUUAACAAUCGCCCAGGCCGAAUUAAAUGACCAGGUUGACCCUUUCACUCGGUACAGCACAAAACCUACACCAAACCUAGGAGAAGAGGUCUUCUCCAAGUACGUUGGGUGGAGAGUCGCCACCACCCUCUCCAGGCUCUUCUUCCCCUCGCUCGACGCCAGCGCCGUCCCGUCCAAGAAGCCAUCGGAAUCACAUCUGCCAAGAAAACCCAAGGUCAAAAAACAGCAGCCCAAAAAAAAGAAAGUCCUACGCUUCAUUUUAAAGGAGCAUCAUUCUGUAUUAGAUCUUCCCAUGAUUCCAUAUCCAGAUUUCUUCACCAAGGCGGAGAAGAGAUUGGGAGAAGUCAUUGAUCGUCUUUGGCAAAGAGAUAUGGAGUGGCGAAUGCGGGCAGAAGCAGAGAUCAAGGACCAGAAACAGAGAGAUGACGAGGAAAACGAGAAAAUCCGCUUCAUCAAAAUUAUGAAGCAAAGACAGAAGAAACUGAGCAAGACACUGAGCGAGAUAACCAAGCCUUACGAAAUCCCUUUGUUGGGGAACAAACAUGAAAGUGGGAUCCCUAGGCUGCACACAAAACAGCAAACCAAGUGAAGUGAUGGAAGGGGAAGGGAUACUUUCUUAGACGUGGCUCAAGGCCGUUUUUAGAAAGGAGUUGUUAUAUCUUGGUGCCAGUUAGUCGGCACAGUGUAGCCUUACUCCCGGCCCAUAUCCCAGCCUUAGCCCCCUCCUGCGUCCCCUCCCCCUUCCCCUGCCUCUUCUUCUCCCAGAUCCCCUCCCCCAGCCCACUGAUAGGGGAGGUCCUACG